UUUUUGUUGUCAAAAACGAAGUGCAGUGUUGUUGCCUUUUAAUGCUCUAAUGGGUGUUUGCGUAUCUUUUUGCAUUUAACCAAAUGAACAGCCUUACCUCGGGGAAUCUUUUGCUUUUGCGAAACUAGAGUCUUUUUUCCUUCUGUAGACGUUUUUACUCGAGUCUCAACGAUGUUCCAGCAGACCAUAAAAAACUUCAACAUAAACUUCAACGCGCUGAACGAGAGGAAUACUGUGUCCAGUGGAGACGUGCUGACAGGACACAUCUCCUUUGAACUCACGAAGGAGACGAAGAUCACUGCCAUAACGCUGGCACUGAAGGGGGGAGCAAAUGUCCACUGGUCGACUGGGGGAGGGGGAGGGAGGAAGAGAAGACAUCGCAAAAAUUACUCGGCAAAAGUGGAAUUCUUUCACUUCAAAAUCCUCCUCUUACAAGCAAGCGCCGCUGUUGGUGGGACACCAAAACUUCAGCCUGGCACGCAUGUGUAUCCAUUCACAUGCCAUCUUCCUCAGGGAGAGUUCCCAUCCUCCUUCCAUGGGCCUCAUGGACAAAUAGCGUACACUUUGACAGUGGGCAUCGACAGACCCUGGCAUAUGGUCAAGGACUUUGCGACAGAGUUAAACUAUGUGUACCGCAUUAAUACCAACCAGCCAGAGCUGGGGGCUCCUCUCUCAGGCUCCAACACCAUGACACUGUGCUGCCUGUGGUGUGCCUCAGGUCCCAUCACACUGAAAGCCAGCAUAGAGAAGAAAGCCUUCGUCCCUGGUGAGACUGUGAAAAUAAUUUGUGAGCUUAGCAACGCUUCAUCUCGAACAGCUACUCCAAAGGUGACACUGCAACAGAAGCAGGUUUACUACACCCUCAACAAAGCCAACAAGACCGUGGUUAUGAAAAACCUGGCGUCAGUGACUGGACAGCCCAUCAGCGCUUACACCUCUGAUGUGCACACCGAGAUCAUGUUCACUAUUCCCCCGUCUGCUUCACCCACCAUCUCUAACUGCAGCAUCCUAGACAUUGAUAACGUUCUAGAGGUGAGCCUCAGUGUAAGAGCUUAUCCCACCCUCGAUGUGCUGUUUCCCAUCAUCCUGUGUGACACCCCCGUCAAUGCUGAUCCACCCCCUUAUAUGUGAGUUUCAAAUGCAUCUAACAUGAUGGUGGGAUUCAUACUGUUCGACAGGCAUUAUUCUCUCUCGCCUUGAUGUAUUUUAUCAUUUUACUCUCAAUAGUAUCAAUUUUAGUACUGGACCGGAAAAUUGCCAUUGACACUGUGGAAACUGCCUUAAAGCAUCAAACUGCCUUUAUUCAGCUUUCAGACUGUGUGUUUUAUCUAUGUACUCUCUGCUAUGGAUUGUUUCAAAAUAUCAAAGGGAGUCUGUUGUGUUUUAGUGUCUGUUCUGUAUGAUUGCGUAGACUGAAGUGUGGAGGGUUAAUGAUGUUUUGCAGUUUGAAUGUUAUUACUACUUGAGCCAUAUCAACUAUUCUAUUAUCAACAUGUAUUUCCGGUGUUCACUGUUUACAUUCAGAUAACAUUCUCCUGUUCUUGUCAAAAUACAUAAUAUGUUAUUGUGUGUCCCAGAUGACUCUCCAAGGGAUUGUGUGAGAUAGUCCUAAAAAUGCAAUUUUGGAAUAUAUUAUUAUAAGUAUAUGUUUAGUUUGUUUCUAUAUCUUUAUUUUAACUUCCAUCGUGUCUUUUAACAUAUUAACUGCUGUUAUAUACAUACAGUUUUGUAAGUAUACUGUGUAGAAGUACUUUAUCCUGUAAUCUUAUUAUAUAAGAAGUAUGGGCACACUACGGGUAAAUGUCCACUAAAUCAUUGGUUCUCAAAUGGUGAGUUGCGGUCCAAAAGUGGUUCACGGGUUCAUUCUUAAUAGACUACAAUUGACUUUUGAACAUGAAGAGUGUGAAAAACAACUACAAAAAAACACUUUAUUUUGAAGUACGGUGAAUUUCCAGUUCAGAGCUUUAAUUUUGAAGUGCCGUUUCUCUUUAUUCUUGCAAUACUUUUAAUUCUUUAUCUUGCUAGCCAAGGUGUUGUUUACAUUUUGUGAAAUUAAUUUCCAUAUGUGGUCAUUUAUGAUGUGUGGACCUUUUAACUAAUGACAAAGGAGAAAUCUGGACCCUGUGACUGGACCAGUUGUGAACCACUGCUCUAAAUGAUGAUGAUGACAGAGCCAUGCAAACAGCUGAAUGCUCGACUGAACUGAUUCAAUACUUUGCACCAAAUUACUUUCUGCUCCCUUCAGCAGGGAAAACAGUGCAAGUACCGUGUAAACUAUAUUCACUCUGUUUAGCCUAUUUGUAAGUUACUGCAAACACCAUCAGCGUAAUUUCCUGGAGGAAAGUUUCUCCUCUUUGCUAUUCAGCUGGCGCUCACUGUAAGCGAGCCAGUAUGUUAAUAUCCACUAACUUCAGAUGGCUGGAAAGUGUGAGUUCAAUUUAUCUCAGGGAGCUUUGUUCAUAUUGCUGCUGUGAAAAUUAAACUUUUAAUGUGUUUGUUUAAUAUUUGAAACUAAUUUGCAGUAUUGGUAUGUAGCUUUUAUCCGGAGUGAGUUCACACCUUGACAGCCACAGCUGGUGAGCAUAAUGACUUGCUUCGGCUGUUGCUGGGCUCAAACUCCAGUGCCUCUUUUUUGGACAAUGAACUGGAAAUCAAUUAUUUUAUGCUGCAAGUACAUCGAAAGAAAAUGUAUGCAGACUCUCCUUGUCUUACAGUUAUAUUUGUGCCAUGUCUCAUAAACAGCAGGUCCAUCAGA